UAUAAAUUCAUAUGGUACUUGUAGAUCAUAAGCCUUCUAGGUCUAUAGUAACAACUUUGAAUAUUUACGCAGCAAUUAAUACUUAGCUAUAAAUACAAAUUCGCAAAGUUCAUAAAUAAAGACAGAACCAUGGAAUUGUGGAAUUCAACACUAAUGCUUGUAUUAGCCAGUUUAGUAUUAAUUAAUGCUGAAGCUGACAAAGCUAAUGAAAAACCAGUUGAAAAAAAACAAAGCAAACGCGGUUUAUGGGGUUUAGGAUAUGGCGGUGAUAGUGACUGGGAUGGUCUCUCAAGCUACGGAUUAUUGGGAUCAGAUCAUAGUUACGGACACGUUAAAUCUGUUCAUAUAACUAAAGAAGUGCCAGUAUUGGUGGACAGACCAAUCGUUGUACCGGUUGAAAAACACGUACCCUAUCCAGUAGCUGUCGAGAAGGCCGUACCAUAUCCAGUACACGUCGAAAAGCACGUGCCCGUUCCAUAUCCAGUUAAAGUGCACGUCAAAGUUCCCGUCGCCCAUCCAGUGCCUUAUCCAGUGUACAUUCAAAAACAUGUUCCUGUUUACGUGAAGGAUCAUCACGACCACAGUUACGGACAUAGUAGUUUUGAUUUCGGCCACGAUCACGGAUUCGGCUACAGUAGUAGUUACGCUUUUCACCAUUGACCAUCAGUUGUAAAUACGCCUUAUGAUAAUCUUUAUAAUAUAUCAAAGUAAUAAAAUUGAUUUUUAUCUGCUUGUAA